GCGCGCGGGCGCGGAGAGAUUAGCGCUCAUGCAGCAGUAAUCUGGUUUCAGGACCACGGCCAGAGGCAGCGUUUGGCCUGAAUCCUGUGGAGAGUUGGCUCCGGCGCGCUGCAAACUUUUACGCACACCGAAGAGUGUAACGAAGUUUCUUUGGAUAUUAAGGACUUUGGCAAAGUGGGGCUGAAUAUGUUUGUUCGGUUCAUUCUAAAUAAAGGAAGUUGAAGUAAAUUAAAUGCCCGGAUAAUCACUGUCGCUCACUACAGAUUAGUCUGCACAGAAACCUGGCGGUUAAGGAUUCCGGUGAUCAAAUAAAAUCAAGUAAUUUUUUUAUGUCAGGGUGAGAAACACGAGGCGGAGGGGACGACGGUGCGCUCAGGUGGGAGCGCGCAAAGACUGCACAUUGGUGUGAUCCUGGAGUCGUGAGGAUGGAGAUCCGGCCGGACAGAUUUAAGGCCGAGGCAGCCAAGACUCUCGGGAAAAUAUACAGAGUUCUUGAGAAGAAGAAGGAAAAUGGUGAGACUAUUGAGCUGUCAGUGGAGGGGCGGCCGGAGCUGGUGAAGGAGAAGCAGAUGCCCGUGGUGGACUGCACAUGCUUCGGCCUUCCUAAGCGCUAUAUCAUCGCCAUCCUCUCUGGCAUUGGCUUCUGCAUCUCCUUUGGUAUCCGAUGUAACUUGGGUGUGGCCAUCGUCAGCAUGGUCAACAGUCACACCGUCUUCAGAGACAACAAGAAGGUCAUAGUGGAACCUCAGUUUGACUGGGAUCCAGAAACAGUGGGGAUGAUCCAUGGCUCAUUCUUCUGGGGAUACAUAGUAACCCAAAUCCCAGGAGGGUUCAUCUGUCAAAAAUUUGCAGCAAACAGAGUGUUUGGCUUUGCUAUAGUGGCCACAUCUUUCCUGAAUGUGCUCAUCCCCACAGCAGCGCGGAUACACUUUGGCUGUGUUAUCAUUGUCAGGGUGUGUCAGGGACUUGUGGAGGGGGUUUCAUAUCCGGCCUGUCAUGGUAUUUGGGCAAAAUGGGCGCCACCUCUUGAAAGAAGUCGCCUGGCCACGACAGCAUUUUGUGGUUCUUAUGCUGGCGCUGUGAUUGCCAUGCCAUUAGCGGGAAUCCUAGUCCAGUACAUGGGAUGGUCAUCGGUCUUCUAUGUCUAUGGAAGUUUUGGGGUCAUGUGGUACUGCUUUUGGAUCCUGGUGUCUUAUGAAAGUCCAGCAGCCCAUCCCACCAUCACUGAAGAGGAGAAGAACUACAUCGAGGAAAGCAUUGGGGAGUUGGCCCAGCAUUCAAUAUCGAAAUUCAACACACCAUGGAAGGCCUUCUUUACAUCCAUGCCAGUGUAUGCCAUCAUCGUGGCUAAUUUCUGCAGAAGCUGGACUUUCUACUUGCUUCUCAUCAGCCAGCCUGCAUACUUCGAGGAGGUGUUUGGGUUCGAGAUUAGCAAGGUGGGCAUAGUUUCUGCUCUUCCCCAUCUGGUUAUGACCAUCAUUGUGCCUAUUGGUGGCCAGAUUGCUGACUAUCUACGCACCAACCGAAUCAUGACCACCACCAAUGUCAGGAAACUUAUGAACUGUGGGGGGUUUGGGAUGGAGGCAACUCUGCUGCUGGUGGUGGGCUUUUCUCAUGCAAAAGGUGUUUCCAUUUCAUUCCUGGUCCUGGCUGUAGGUUUCUCUGGCUUUGCCAUAUCAGGUUUCAAUGUCAACCACCUGGACAUUGCACCACGGUAUGCUAGUAUCCUCAUGGGUAUCUCCAAUGGUGUGGGCACUUUGUCUGGAAUGGUUUGCCCACUUAUAGUUGGUGCCAUGACAAAGCACAAGACGCGGGAGGAGUGGCAGGGUGUGUUUCUUAUUGCCUCACUUGUUCAUUACGGCGGUGUUAUAUUCUAUGGCAUUUUUGCAUCUGGAGAGAAGCAAUCUUGGGCUGAGCCAGAGCAGCUAAGUGAUGAGAAAUGUGGCAUCUUGGAUGAAGAUGAACUUGCAAAUGAGACAGAGGAGCUGUAUCGCACAAGUGGAGGAACAGGUUAUGGAGCUAUUAACCAGGGAGGAGAUCCCAAUGGAGCUGCAGGCAUAAUAGGAGGAGGAGGCUGGGUCUCGGAUUGGGACACAACUGAGGAGUAUGUACAACCAGCCGCAACCAGUAAUUACUUUUAUGGAGGAGAUGGGGACCAAAAGGUAACAUAAAACCAGUGGAUCCUCUGUACAUAGCCUUUAGCGAGGCAGAACCAGGGUGGGAUUUCCUGAUGUCAUGAAGAACUUUAAGAGUGCAAAUCUGAUGGAAUGCAGGAGGGCACAAUUUUCAGCAAGUGCGACUGUAUUAAUAUAACUGAACUGAAUUCAAAGACACUGCACAGUCAAGGUGAAGGCAGUAGCAAAUGUAAAGUGUGUGUUUGUGUGUAAUUGCAAUUGUGUACCUUAUUGUGUAAAUAAGAAUGUUUUAGGGCCUGUCAGCCUCCCUGUAAUCACUGCUGGAGAGAGGAUGUGUUUUAGGUCUGGUGUGGCUUUCUCUGAUGUUUAUUUGUUGUAAUAAUAAUUGUAGAAAUUUCUAUAUUAACUGAUAAAAUGUAUCUUUCAUGCCUCUCAUUUACAUUUGUAUCAACCAGAUGACAAAUCUUUAAGAGCUCACUGGUCACAAGCACACUUCAAUUGUAGAAUAGCAGAGUAGGUACAUCUUCUGAUGUUAAAACCAAAAAUAACUAUGUUUUCACACAAUGUAAUAAAAUGUUUUUCCCCUGAAACCAGUGUUAAGUUUUAGAAAAAGCAUGUUACUUGUGCCAACAACAAAAUAUUUUGCACUGCAGUACUGGUUAAGUUACCUACUGUAACUAAACACCUGCAAAUAUUAAUGUACACAGGUUUCUUUGAAAUCUACAUAACCUAUUUUGACAUUUUUAGAUGCAGCAUUUUGAUUUUAUAAUGCAAGACUGGGAAAUAAAAAUGCCUUGUACAGACAGGACUACAUGAAAUGUCACGGUUCAGGGUAAUAACAAUCCUAUAUUAGACAAAUGCAUUUCCUGAAGAAAAUGCGUGUAAUCAGUCUCACCCCCUUUCUGUUGCUUAACACCGCUGACUUUAGUGUGG